CUAAGGCUUUCGAAGCAAAAAUGUCUGCCUAAGGGAAACUCGCAAGUUGUAUUCAAGGAAUAAUUUGCUCCAAAUAUUUGUAUAAAUAAGUCUAUAUAGAACGCUGCCUCCGGUUUGUGGCGACGGCGAGACAGGAAGGAGGAGCACGAGGCGUCUGUUUCACACACCAGUUCGCCCUAGUUGGAUGUUUAAACGGGAAAAAGGUUUAGUUGCAGCAAUUCAAGAUGAACCCCCAGCAGCGGAUUGCCGCUAUUGGAACAGAUAAGGAACUCAGCGACCUCCUGGAUUUUAGUGCGAUGUUUUCUCCACCGGUAAACAGUGGAAAAAACAGACCAACCACUUUGGGCAGCAGUCAGUUCAGUACAUCAGGUAUGGAUGAAAGAACAAGUGCAGCGUCCUGGGGAGCAGGUGGCCAGCUGAGUCCCUCUUAUGAAUCCUCCAGGGAUUUUGCCGACAGUCCUCAUUAUGGCGAUCAUUUGAGUGACAGUCGAUUAGUGUCCCACGAAGGAUUGUCUCCGACACCUUUUAUGAACUCGAGUCUGAUGGGUAAAUCAUCUGAACGAGGUACAUUUUCUGCAUACAACAGAGAAGCAGGGGUGUCAGGAUGCCAAACCAGUCUUCGGUCAGAUAUUGGACUUGGAAGCCCAGGUCAGUUGUCGUCGUCUGGAAAGGCUGGAACUCCAUUCUACGCAUUCUCUGCAACAAAUCCAAGGAGACGGGCACUUCAUGACUCUGCUUCAAUUGAUCCUUUGCAAACGAAGAAAGUCAGAAAAGUGCCCCCUGGAUUGCCUUCCUCUGUGUAUGCACCAUCUCCAAAUUCAGAUGACUUCAACAGGGAUUCUCCCACCUACCCAUCUCCGAAGCCUUCUGGCAGCAUGUUUGCAAGCACUUUUUUUGAUGGGACCCACAAUUCAUCUGACCUUUGGAGUUCAUCCAAUGGGAUUAGCCAGCCGAGCUAUGGAGGAAUGCUGGGAGGUUCAUCUUCCCACAUAUCACAGUCCAGUAGUUAUGGCAGUUUGCAUGCACACGAUCGAUUGAACUAUCCUCCACAUUCAGUUUCACCCUCCGACAUCAACGGCAGUCUUCCUCCCAUGUCCAGCUUUCACAGAAGCAGCAGCAACACAUCGCCUUAUGUGGCAGCUUCACACACUCCACCAGUCAACGGCUCAGAUAACAUUUUGGCAGGAAACAGAGGCAACCCAGCUGGAAGCUCACAGACUGGAGAUGCACUCGGUAAAGCUUUGGCUUCUAUUUAUUCACCUGACCACACCAGCAGUAGUUUUCCAUCAAAUCCUUCCACACCAGUUGGCUCUCCAUCACCUCUUGCAGGUGCCAAUCCUUGGCCCAGAGCAAGUGGACAGGCUCCAUCAUCUCCCAACUACGAAAAUUCUCUCCACUCUCUGAAAAAUCGAGUUCAGCAGCAGCUUCAUGAGCACUUGCAAGACGCAAUGUCCUUCUUAAAGGACGUCUGUGAGUCACGAAUGGAGGACCGUCUUGACAGAUUGGACGAUGCUAUUCAUGUAUUACGAAACCAUGCUGUGGGUCCAUCAACAAGCAUGUCUGGCGCACACAGUGAUUUACACAGUUUACUGGGACCAUCGCACAAUGGGCCAAUUGGAGGAAUUGCUUCAAACUAUGGCACAUCAGGGCUUGUUGCUUCUGGUCGAGCAGCUUCUAUGGUUGGGGCUCAUCGUGAUGAAGCAACCAGUCUUAAUAGCAACCACUCAGUCCUGCCCGCCACAGUUCCAACUCCAAGCACAGAAUUAAACCACACAGACAACUACAGAGGAUUAUCUGGUGGCCUACCUGGUCAGCCAGCAAGCACAGGUCCAAUAGACCUUAAGUCAGAGAAGAAGGAGAAAGACGAGAACUCGCAUGACGCAAAUUCAUCAGACGACUUGAAAUCUGACGAUGAAAGUGACAAAAAAGAUCUUAAGAUGACAACUAGAAGUGGCACUAGGACAAGCAGUAUAAAUGAAGACGAAGACUUGAACCCAGAACAGAAAGCAGAAAGAGAACGUGAAAGGAGAAUGGCCAAUAAUGCCAGGGAACGCUUGCGAGUUCGAGACAUCAACGAAGCCUUCAAAGAACUGGGGCGUAUGUGCCAGCUGCACCUGAAGAGUGAGAAACCUCAAACCAAACUCCUCAUUCUGCAUCAGGCCGUGGCGGUCAUCCUUAGUCUAGAGCAGCAAGUACGAGAGAGGAAUCUAAAUCCCAAAGCAGCCUGCCUUAAGAGGAGAGAAGAGGAGAAAGUUUCUGCCGUAUCGGCAGAGCCACCACCAGCACAUGCAGGGGUGCACCCUGGACUCACAGACACUACAAACCCUAUGGGUCACAUGUAAAAAAGAAAAAAACAAAAAAAACAGCCAGAUCUCAUCAGAUGGAUUUUAUAUCACAAGGAAUGGAUGACCGUUCUUCAGAGGGACAAACACGAUUAACUCUAUGUGACACAAAUUUGAAAAAAGACAAACCACUUAGAGCAAAAACCUGAAAAAGCAAUCUUGCGACUGAAGAAGCCUAAACUUCAUCUGUCUAUAUAUGCCUGUGACAACAGUGCAAAACAGAAUCGGAUUUCAAGAAAUCCCCUCAAAAGUUCAUUCUCCAAGCAAAGUGCAGCACCUGUCCUUUCCUGUUGCAAGCAGUGUGUGUCGCAUCUGAACAAUCAGAGACUGUCGCGAUUCCCUCCACUUCAUUGUGGAAGUUGACUUGUGCCUAAACUGAAUUGACGAAUGCAUUGUAACCACAAAAAAUUUAUUUAUUAUGUUACUGAGCUUAUACGCCUAAAGGGAAGAUCAUAUCGUUACAAAACGCCUGACAAGGUUUCAGUUGAUGCCAGCAUUUGUUUAAAGCUGUUCAUAUGCAGAGAGCAAAACAUUGUGAACUUUUCUUUUGACCCUUCGCAUUCCCCUGCUUACCUCUUAGUGUCUUAAGAAAGGGAGGAAAACAUCUUGUGCUUUCUUUUCCUUUCGCCAUAAUAGUGUUGUCAUUGUAAAGAAAAAAGAAAAUGGGAAAAAAAAAAUUUUCAUGAUAGAGCGAUUGUUUUUAGAUGUUAUUUUUGGUCUCUGGUUAUCUGAACAGUUAUGGUCAUUGUUUAAGCCAUUAGUAAUAAAGUCCCUGCGUAAACGCUGUGUGGAUCCAGCUGUGGAGGCAAUGGUAGGAAGCAACACUUGAGACCACAGCAUCAAUUGGCUGAUACCACCUUGCAGGUUUUUGUGUGUCAAUGAAGAGAAAUCUUCAUACAAAGUAAAAGUUGGUUUUAUUAGUAAUUGUCCAAGUGGGAGAAGAAACUCUAGGCUUCAUUGAAGUAGAAGAAAAAAAUACUAUAGAAUUGCUUUGUUAUUCAACCAAGUAGCACAAAGCUGGAGGGGGGCAAAAAAAUUAGGGAGUCACCACUGUGUGACCCAAUGUUCCUCUCGGGCAAAUGGCAAAAAAAAAGAACAAAGAAUCAUGGUCACGAUACACUUCAAACGAAGACUGAAAGCCGCGCUCCCCGAUGUCACACGGGUGUGCGCGUCAUGUGUGUUUUCUUUUUCUUCUGUUUCUCUGCUCCCAAAUGGCUCGUCGCUGGCUGUUCCCAAACUAUGAAGCCGACUUGUUGAGUUUGCAUUUACAAUAACCAGGAAAUAAAUUGCCAGAGGCCGCUUUCCUAUUUAUUUGUUGCCCCUCCAAACUUCCACAUGAGCUGUCUUCCACUAGAGUGAGUUUCAGGGCACAUUUUUAUUUUGUAUGUUGUUUGUGUUCAUCUUGCCCAAUUUCAUAUUAUUGGUUGACAGCAAAAUGAUCAACUCAAAGAAAUAAAAAUAAUAUAUAUAUGCAUACGUUAUUUUUAAGAACAAAUUUAAACGUGUAGACUAUAUGAAAUAUCUUCUCCAAACUCUUGACCAUAUAAUGUUUAUCUAUCUUUGCUUUUGUAAUUAUGUUAGAAAACCAAAAAAAAAAAAAAUAGCAUUUAUUGUCAUCCAGUUGACUCUAAAUGUGUUUUUAUUCCUUAUUUUGGUCUUUUCACGGACUAAAUCAACACAGUUGAAAUGAAGACAUUGCUUAAAGAGCGCAAGAGUUGUCACAAGCCACUGCCUGGCCCUUUCUCCUUCCUUUUUUUUAUUUUCUUUCUUCAUCUAAGGUGGAUUCUAUGCUUGUCCUUUUGGCUCUGUUAAUCUUUGCAGUAACGCCCAGAAGCUUUUCUUCAUAUAAAAAGGAAGAAAAAAAGACAAAAAAAAGAGAAACAUUUGGCUUAUUUUUCACUGUAGUUAGUCUUUUAUACAAUAAUCUUAUAAGAAAAUUUCUUGAAUUCUAAAUAUUACUCUUUCUAGAUUUUUGAAAUCAAAAAGUUUUCAGUAAAAAGUUUCUUACUUUAUUUUACUAUAUUAGGUAGUAAAAAUGUAGGGUUAUUUACCAUAACCUGUCCAUUAAUAUCAGAAAUUUACAAAUAGCAUCCUAAGAACAUAGUAGGGUUCUAGAAGCAUACCGUGUAGUAUGUAUGGAGUAUUGUACGAGCUAAUUGUGCGAGAUGAAUUGCUUCUCAUCUUGUUCUCCAGUUUCCAUUGUUGGUUAAUGCAGAUUUGUACCUGUGUCAAAUUUCAAGGUAUUGUUAAGAAACAUUUAAAACCAGCAGCGAAAAGUUCAAUUUUUUCUGUUACUAUAACAGAAAACGCGAUAUGUAUAUAACAUUUAUGUAGCAAUAAAUGUGCCAUCUUUUUUUAACAAA